AUGGCCUCUCCAGCGUCGACCCAAACGUGUGGCUCUGCUAACCCGGAAAGUCCUGCUCCACCCGAUGCAUCCAAGCUGAAGAUCACACACUCGAAAACACCGAAGCCAUUGCAGCCCGUCGAGACAUUACGUUUCGGCCAGACAUUUUCGGAUCACAUGAUCGUCGCAAAUUAUGAUCCUGAAACAGGAUGGUCCGCGCCUGAGAUUAAGCCUCACGGGCCCAUUACACUCGAUCCCUCCUGCUCGUGCUUCCAGUAUGGCGGAAAUGUUUUUGAGGGUAUGAAAGCUUAUCUUGGGCCCGACGGCAAGGCACGCUUGUUCCGCCCAGACUUGAACAUGCGUCGCUUGGAGAGAUCUUGUGCACGUCUCGCUCUUCCCCCCAUCGACGGUGAUGCCGUUUUGGAACUGAUACAGCGUUUGGUGGAUCUUGAGAGGCGCUGGAUACCUAAGGAAUCGGGAUAUAGUUUGUAUCUGCGUCCUACCGUCAUUGCAACCAAACCAGGUUUGGGAGUGAUGGCGUCUGACCAUGCUAUGCUUUACAUUUUGGCAAUGCCGACUGGACCAUUCUACCGAGUAUUGAAGCCAGUUGCUCUCUUCGCUGUCAGUGAGAACGUGCGCGCAUGGCCAGGCGGAACUGGAGGGCACAAAAUCGCUGGCAACUACUCACCCGGCUUCCUGCCCCAACAAACAGCUGCAGAGAAAGGCUACGACCACAUCCUUUGGUUGUUUGGCGAUGACAGAAGAAUCACCGAGGCUGGAGCAAUGAACUUCUUCGUUGUGGUCAAGAGGGAUGAUGGGGACGGUGAGUUUCAAUUCGACAUGUUCGAUAUGUAUCAUUUACUCUCCGUCGAAGGCUUGGACCUUAUCACCGCCCCUUUGGACGGUACUAUUCUACCUGGAGUCACUAGAGCAUCCUGUCUCGCCCUCGCAGGUGAUCCAGAAUUCCAAAAGGAAAGCUCGCUGCGCUUGCAUCCACAAGAAAUGGUGUAUACCAUGAGUGACCUCGAAAAAUGGUCGUCCGAGGGUAAAUUUCUAGAGGCGUUAGCCCUAGGCACAUCGGUUAUUAUUAUACCUUGCAACAAGAUUGGGUACGAGGGUAAGGAUAUCGUACUUCCUGGGGCUGGGCUGGGACCAGUUGGCACGGCACUCCGGAAGAAGAUACUUGAUAUCCAGGAGGGCAGAACAGAGUGGAAAGGAUGGGGCGUCGUCUGCCCUUAG